CGAAUGGCUGGCAGGAACCCCACCUGCAGCUCAAGAACAUGUCUGCGUGCUUCUUCGUAGCGGUUCCGUUAUGGGUACAGUCGGCCAGAACCAUCGAGUACUGCCAUACCGUGUGAGGCGCAAUCCGGUUUUUUCAAGCCAAUUAAUUGGGAACUGAUCGCGUCGCCCUUCGAAGGGCCAGUGUGAUAGAAAGUGCGGAUUUGCCAGUGAAACCCAUCGGAACAUGUAGGAAAGCUUCCAGUCGCCGAAUAAUCCGAGAUCCGGUGCGCGGAUUGAAGAUGACCCAAAUAACCCUACACGUGAAGAAUCAUCAUCUCGUUUCUCCACUACAUUGUGUUAAUUUUCUUGUAUAAUCAGUGCAUUAAUUCGUUGAGUGAUUAAUCUCGGAUUACCGUUAGAGGUGACUGUGCUCGGGGAAAAUUCUUGUGCCUUUUCCCAAGUUGGUGUGGCCGAAGAGGCUGAUGCUCGUUCUAAGUGACCAUUGAAGAGCUAGAAUGGGGUCAGUGCGGAUUCCAUGGACUUUUACGGCUUGUGCCAUUGGAUUAUUGAUGCUGAUGCCUGCCAAUGGUGCAUCCGACCUUUAUUCCAACUCCUUCAUCUCGCCCAGCUCGUCCAGUCACCUGGACGUCCAGUGGCGUCCAGAACGGGCCAUCCAGAGUGCGCAAAUUGAAUCGACAAGUGGGCCGGAUGAGGACGCGGAAGACAUUGAGGGCACGCCAGUGGCAAACAGUCGAGUGCAAAGAUCGGCGGAGCCGAUCCUGUCCAAAACCUCCGCAGGCGACGACCUGCUGCUGCACAAGAACAUCGAGGACACUCUGGACAGCAAUGACGUGGAGCUGUCUGGACGGCUCGGACACGUCAUCCAGCCCUCGAGAACGGACCGGAACCUGUACUUUGGCGGGCUGCCCUUCACAUCAGAACCGGCCUCGGGGGAAGCCAGUGGGGCCCUGCAGGGCCGGGCUCUGCAGGCGCCCCAGGACAUCGCGCCGACUGCUACGACGACGGCUUCUGCUACGCUUUCAACUGAGCCUGGCAAGCCUCGACAGGCCAAUCCCGACAUCCAGGACAUCAUCACGGGCAUUGUGAAGCUGCUGAACGGCAACGUGAACGUGCAGGCGAACACGGCGCCUGGAAUGGGGCGGCCCUUAAGGCCCCUGUCCACGCGGAUCAACAACAGGGGCCCGCCACGGAUCACGGACGUGCCAGCUUUGCCUCCUGAUUUUGAUGUGCCGGCGCCCCCGAUGGCUCCGCCCCCUUUGGGUCCGAUGGUCACCCGGGCUCCUUAUCCCUUCGACCUGCCGCCCUCCAACAUGUCGCCCAAACGCCCCUAUCUACCAGGCGACAACAUACUGAAUCGUCCCGGGCCGUUAGCCAGCAUGGCCAACCCGGAUGCCUUCAGUUUCACAUCGGAGAAGCCCAUGGAAGACAUCCUGACUCUGGACUUGGGUUCGCAGUUCCCCCACUCCAAUGCGGAUCAGAGCGCGCUGGGCGCCCCUAGUGGAGAGGAGCUGGAGCCGCCAGGCAAUGAUACCCAGGAGACGACUACCACCGUGGUGGAGCAGCUGGAUCUGGCGUUCGAGCGCAACAAGGAGAAGAAUCCGAAGCCGGAGAAGAGCACCAAGGUGACUUUGGUUACGCCCACCAUGCAAACUGGGCUCAGUAUCCUGGAAACGCCCAUUUCGCUGGUAACAGAGGAGUCCAGCAGGGUGGAAGACCCGGCCACUAUAGCGCCCAGCGCAGUUUCGCAAACCAUCAUUCCCACACUGAGCGUUGAGGCCUCGAAUGCUUCCUCCGUAAGCAUUUUGGCGCCUCCCUUGGAAGCCUCCAUCGAAGAGGUGGGGACGACGGCCACUCAGACCAUGGCCACUCAGCAGCUGCCUUCAACGUCCACUUCAAGCGUGCUGAACGCUUCGUCGGCCGCUUCUGCUUCCAGCGACUUGCCGUAUCAGCCCUAUCGACCCCGGCCGGGAAUCGUGCUGGAUGACACUGAGUUCAAGCCGGGAGGCAGCCGACAGCCCAUCAUCACCAGGCCGCCUCUGAGCGCCAUUGGCGACAUUUUCGACGUCACCGUGUCGGCUGUGCAGGGACCAGGCGAGCCCUCAGCUGCCCAGGGCCGCCCCUACGUCAUCCCAGUGGACCUUGACAACCCCAACGGGCAGAGCGACGUGAUCACAACCCCAGUGGGGAGCGACGGGUUUGUGUCAAUCGACGGCAAGCGCACCUACCUGAACCUGUUCGGCGACAAUCCGGAGCCCACAUCAGUGGCGGCGUUGGGAGUCAAGCCGAGCGCCCCUUCCAAGAACCAGGUGGUGCAGGGCACCAGCUAUGUGGAGCCCGACAAGGCCAAACCCAACUAUGGAUCGGUCAAGCCGGCGCAGCGGCGCCCCAGUUUCGGCCGACCGAAGCCCAGCCAGCCCCCAGUUAGGAUUGACACUUGCAUAGUGGGCGAUGACUCAACCUGCGACGUGUCCCAGCACGAGAUCUGCCGCACCGAGUCCGGAGUGAGCGCCUGCCAUUGUCGGCCAGGGACGGCGCGCAGGAAGCAUCGCGACCCCUGCAGGAAAAUCGUGUCGGUCCUGCUGUCGCUGCGGGUGGACCGGAUCUACGAGCGCCGCAUCGUCUGGGCCAACGAGCUGCUGGAGAAGAGCAGCGAGAGCUACGAGCAGCUCGCCUACGAAGCGGAGCGGGCGCUGGAGUCCGCCAUGUCCAUGACGCCCUUCAGUGACGAGUAUCUGGGCGCCUCGGUGAACAACAUCUACCAAGGAGACCGCGCCCAGGGCCAGGCGGGGGUGUUUGUCAACGUCACGCUGCAGCUGGAGGAGAACGCCGACACCGCCCGCCCCUCCGUUAGGGGCGACAUCCAGAAGCACCUGCUGGGCGUGAUCCAGAGGCGCAGCAACAACGUGGGCAACAGCGCGCUCUGGGUGGACAGUCCGCCUGGAUCCGUUUCCAGUCUCCAAGAUCUGGACGAGUGCUCUUCGCCAGAGCUGCACGACUGCCACCUGCAGGCCGACUGCAUCAACACCUUCGGCAGCUUCAAGUGCCAGUGUCGCGCGGGCUUCAGAGACCCUUGGCCGGACAACAAGCACAGAGCCGGGCGCCACUGCGAGCAGUGCUCCCCUGCCCACUGCAACAACAGGGGCGAGUGCCGGUAUCAGAACGGACUGGAAGUUUGCACUUGUACUGGAAACUACUACGGCAGCCAAUGCGAGCUCGAUGGCGAAGUUCUAGGAGUGGCCAUCGGGGCCAGUGUUGCCGCCAUCAUCAUCAUAGGGCUUACGCUGGUGUGCUUGGUCAUGUGGAGCCGGAAGUGGAGCCGCGAGCAAAAGGCGGCCGUGGGCAGUCCGGUGUUCGGCUACAUGGCCACAGCCGGCAACACUGUCAAGACGCCCGUGGUGGGCGCGCCUCCCUACCAGCUCACUCUAGAAGAUCGGCUGCGCUGGGCGCAGAUCGCCGACGUCAUGGCCCAAGCCAACCAUUAUGCCGCUCAACUGGCGAAUAAGGCUGGGAGUAUGCAGGGUAUGAGACCUCUGGAUAACAGCAGUUCCAGCGAGGAGGAGGACAAGGUGGAUUUGUUGGGCAGGAAUUUUCACGUUCCCCGGCCGAAGAGCCGCAGUAACGCUUCGAUAGCGAACCAAAGCGGGAUUUACUACGACGUGGACUACGACCAGAACGAGAUGUACAAACCGAGCGGAAUACCCAUGAAGGUGUUGACUGGAUUAGGUGGGUGUAAGCUAAGUAAGAACGACCACGAUUUUUGGCUCUACGACGACUUUAGUAGUGACCGAAAACGAUCGCAAAGUCCGACAACUUCUUUGUGAUCGGUCGAAAUUCUCUCAUUUUACGCAACGAACUUGAUGUUAAGUGUUCACUUUAGAUUAUUGAGAGGUUGAAUCGUGCAUGUAGGCGAAACCUUGUCAUGUAUACAGGGUUAUUCACGCUAUACGCCACGGAAGUUUGCGGCUAAACCGUUUGAUUUUUAAAAAGUAUUA